UAGAGUCGGUUUUCAACGUUGGGAGGCCACCUAACUCCGUCACCGUUCCGUUCACAUUCUUUCAAAUAUCCACACACACUUUCUGUUGAUCAACCAUUGAAAAAAAGUUUAUCGAUUUCAAACGAGAAAUGAAGCAGCCGAUGAUGCCCAAUCCAAUGAUGUCUUCAUCCUUCCCUCCUACAAACAUCACCACCGAUCAGAUCCAAAAGUUCCUUGACGAAAACAAGCAAUUAAUAUUAGCAAUAAUGACCAACCAAAACCUCGGAAAGCUUGCUGAAUGCGCCCAGUAUCAGGCUCUACUCCAGAAGAAUUUGAUGUAUCUAGCAGCCAUUGCUGAUGCUCAACCACCGACACCAUCACCAGCACCGACAAUUUCAUCUCAGAUGGGCCCACUUGCACACGCGGGUAUCCCACAACAAGGAGGGUUUUUCAUGCAGCAUCCUCAGGCGGCUGUUAUGGCUCAACAAUCUUCUAGCUUUCCACAACAAAUGCCAGCCAUGCAGUUUAAUAGCCCACAAGUUAUGCAACCUCAGAUGGGUGUUAGGCCCGGUGGGCCAAGCGGGCCAAGCAGUGUGCCGCCAAGCUCAGCCGCUAGUGAUAUCUGGAGAGGAGGUAUGCAAGAUGGUGGUGGCGCUGACGGUAGUGGUGCUGGUAAAGAUGGUCAUGGUGCUGCAGCCGGUGGACCAGACGAAGCAAAAUAAUAAAAAUGAGGGGGGUUGUUAGUCGGAUGGAUGUGGAUAGGUGGUCUGUUAUGGUAGAACUAGAAGCUUAAUAUGUGAUCUUUACCAAAGUUCACGAGCGAUGAACUUUGUGUAUGUGUGUGUGUGUCUUCUUUAGAAAUGGCUAGUUAUGUGUUUGUUUUACAGAAUUAGUGAGGUCUUAAUGAAAAGAGUGCAUGAUACUUCUUUACCGUUUUUCUAAGCUAAUAUUCUGCAAGGCAAA